AUGGUUACGUUUGAAGCCAAUAAAAUGAUGCAGCAAAUUUUAAGAGUAUUUUACCUGAGUGGAAUAUGGCAAAGUGACAAGGAAUCGAAUUACCGUCGAAUGUUCAAGAAAUUUUUCUACUCUUUUUUUGGUGCUUGGCUGCCAAUUUUCUUUGCAACCAAUGCUUUUCGGUGUGUCGAUCGGAACGAAUCUAUUCAUUCAGCACAUAUUGCAGUUAUUACGGUGGUUGUAUACAUGAAGUGUUUGUACCUUCUGUUCAAGAAACAAGAAAUCCUUGCAUUUUUGAAUGAUCCGAUCAUUGUUCAUUUAAAUGAAAAUCGAGAAGAAUAUGAGCAAGCGAACAGAAAGAUAAAGAAAUUGAUGAAAUUCGUACGUCCAUAUUGUUUGGUCAUAUUUAUAACAGAUGUUUUGCUCAUUGUUACGAAACUACCCAUAUUCUCAGCCGACAAAGGUUUGCCGUUUUUUAUUAGCUUCACGUGGAACGUUUCAGAAAUUGUUUAUUGGUUGACGUAUUUGUUCGUAUCGCUGUCAAUAGUAUUGUACUGCGUAAUAAAUUUUAUGACUCUGCUAGUUUGGUACAUAAUGUUGAAUUAUUCCGUCGAGUACGAAUUGUUGGGAAAUAAAUUGAAAACUUUAGGAGUGACAACAGUGAAAGACAAAAAUCAUGACAAAAACGAGAAACAAAAGACAAUCAGGGAAAAAGUACUGAACCAGAAAAGCUCGGUACCAGAAAGUAAGAAAUUCGUCAAAGACUUAAUCGUUUUGGUACAAGCUCAUCGAAACGUUACCGAAACAGUAGAGCGAUUCCGAUCCUGUUUCUCAACCAUAUUUUUGGCCCAAAUCACAACCAGCGGCGUUAUUAUUUGUGUUGCAGUUUACAGUUUGGCCUUUGGUUCGAACCGAAAUAUUGCACAAACGGAAUUUAAUGUUGUUGAACUGCUCUAUGGGUUUUUCGAUAUUUUUAUGGUUAUGUACCUGGCAAACGACAUUACCGUAUCGAGUGACCGAUUAUCUUACUGCUUGUUUGAGUCAAAUUGGAUUGAGCAGACCGAAUCAUGUAAAAAGUAUGUUCUCAUCAUGGCCGAAAUGUUAAAAAAACCUCAACAACUGGUCAUCUUGAUUUAUCCCAUGAAUUUGGAAACUUUUAUGAAGAUUGUCAAUGGUGCCUACAGCAUGUUUAACAUAUUGAAAAGUUUCUAAAGCAACUCGUCAAUACGCUGCUGGUCUCAGCCAAAACAAUUCACUUAGUUUUACCUAACAAAAAUUU